CCUUCUUCCUCUACAACAGCCCACAAUCGGUCCCAACGCUUUCACAUUCACAUUCACAUUCACAUUCACAUACCAACCACUCCACCCUACUCUACUUAAACAGUUACAACUACUCUUUAUCUCUUCAUAAAGAAAGUCUCGUCUCUGUGCAAAAACACUCACACCAAAACCACACACUUGACAACCCCACCACCAAGACACCAACCCAAGGCUACCCAGGAACACUCGAGUUUAUGUCAAUCGAAAAUCUCAAGACCUUUGACCCCUUCGCCGAGGCAGACGAAGACACAGGAGAGACCAAACAGUCGCAGAAUUACAUUCACAUUCGUAUUCAGCAGCGCAAUGGUCGUAAAACUCUGACUACAGUUCAGGGACUGCCCAAGAAGUUUGACCAGAAAAAGAUCCUCAAGGUCAUCAAGAAGAAGUUCGCUUGCAAUGGCACCAUUGUCACGGACAAUGAGAUGGGAGAGGUGAUCCAGCUCCAGGGAGACCAGCGCAAGGAUGUGCAGGAAUUCCUCACCGACAAGAAGGAAGGGCUGGAGCUUGAUGUCAAGACCAUCAAGGUCCACGGUUUCUAAGCCCAUAUAUCCCAACCCCUCUCUGUCCCCUCGUUGCGAAGAUCGCCGACGGAAGUACCGCUAGCCCAUCCCAAGAUACUUCUUGCCUGCCUCAACAGGCUUGAUCCGUCGUUUUAACGUUUGGGGCGAUUGGGAGGCGUUGGAUGAUACCCGUAUUCUUUAUGAAAGAGAAUACCCAAGAUGGCAUAACUUACUGGCGAAGCUUGGGGAUAGAGCUGAAUUGGUUUCUGAUUGAUUGUCGAUGACCCUUUAUAUUAUUUUUGCUUUUGCUUCAGCAAAGAUUGCCUCACCGGAGACCAUUCGGCGAACCAUUUGCGGGGUUUGAGACUGCCCUCAAUUGAUGACGAGAACCUAGUGAUGGUUUGGCAAUAUACAAUAUGGUUUCACUA